CAUUGUUUGCUCAUGCGCGUUUUCCCGAAGGCACUAUACGUCGCAGGCUAUCAGCCCCUAUUAUAUCUCAUGUCGGACAUUAACAGCGGGAUUGCGCAUCGAUCGUACGUCCCGCUCGAACGUUUCAGCUUAAUCAGAUAUUACAUGCAUGUUCUUUAUAUUCUUUACGGGCUCAUAAUUCUCGCCAUUAAAAGUGCAAUCAUCAUCCAAUGCACCCGCAUUCUCACCCCCCUCGGCGCCCGCACUUCCGCAUACUGGAUUUUCCAAAUUCUGCUGUGCGCUCAUAUUAUAGUUUAUAGUACGAACACGUUCGCCGAGAUCUUUAUAUGCAGUCCACGGGCGAAGGCAUGGGAUUACACCGUGACAAACGGGCACUGCAUGGAUAUCGAUGCCGUUCAUAUCGCGUCCGCGGCUGUCAAUACGGCUUCUGAUCUUCUAUUGGUAAUUGUUUCUCAAAGUAUCAUUUGGAGGAUGCAUAUACCCGUUCGGAGACGAUGGGCAGUUUCAUCAGUCUUCCUGGUCGGGCUUCUGGCUUGUGUCGCGGCAAUAAUCCGCAUGUACUACACAAUACUAUUCGCUCGCAAUAAGAACAAUAUGCGAAUUGCCAUUAAGUUGUCGACAUGGGUCAAUGUGGAGAUAUGUUGUGGGUUUCUGGUGGCUUGUAUGCCGGGCCUCCCACGCUUCUUCAAACAUCCGCCGAUAGCUUCUAUAUGGAUACCGAUUGUGAGAUUUUUGCGACGAAGUGAACAUUCAGGACCUACGGAGCUCGCCAAUGCAGGAUCCAAGAGUAGCGACGGCCAAGCUCCGCGUAGUGAUGUUUUAGUGACCGACAUUGAGUUCGAGGAGUUGGUGCGGCGAACAGAUUCCGAUGUAACGUUGAAUGCCAAUUGA